GGUCAUGUUUUUUACUGGUUGACAGUUUUUGUUUCAGGAAGAGAAAACAGAGUAUUGUUAGUCAUAAAGAUGACUCUCAUAACUCCAUCUUCUGAAAUUUGAUCUCAAUUUUCAAGAUGGAUGUUAUCUACUUUAUUGGUGAUCAGCGCUUUCUCAGCUUGGUCACCAAGAGUAGUGAUUCAUCACCAUUUACAUGUAAUGGUAAGAUCUUGAACCUUUCUGAUUGUCAAACUUUGGCAGAGAUUAUAGCAACCACAACUUCUUUACUUAAUCCCAUUACUACAGGAAAUGGUCAGGAUAAUGAAAUAGCAAACAACUCUUGUACACCAAAGGCCAUCAUUUUGUUUUCCUUCCUGAAUGAUUUGUCAAAGAGAGCUGCUGACCCUACAGUUUCCAGUAAGAAAGGGCUCUGGAAAGCCAUAAAAAAUGUGAAUCCUGAGAAACUAGCUCAAGAAGCUGCUGAUGCCUCUAAUCAAUGGCAGGCAAUGAUUCCUGGUCUGAGAGUGAUUUGGGUGAUCCCGCCCAAGGUUGAUUUUCAGCUUACUAAUGAGUCAUUUGUUGUGGAAGAAAAACAAGACGGGUUGUCCGAAAGAGAAUUGAGAGGCUGUAAUGAAUCCACUAAAAUCUUCUGUCAAAACAUUGUUGAAUUGACAGCUAUUUUCAAAUCAGAUCAUCCCUGUAUAGAAAUAUUAGAUCUUGCUGAGAUUCUGCCAAAGGACUUCAAUGUUCUUCCUUGGAAAACCGAAUUGGAUUAUGAAACAAAACUGAGUAUAUUUCAGGAGCACCUUAAGUUAGGUGCUAAUGAUUCAGAGGUAGGGAAUGUGAGUGGUAUUGAAAUUGAUGACAAGGCUGCUCUCUAUGAACCAUUUAGUCUAAGUUCUGCUCCACUUGGCAUUGAUUCAGAUGUUUAUCCAAUGACAACAGAAUCAUUGCCAAAUCUUGCCUCAGUGUUCAAUGAUGAAGUUAUUGAAUCAACUUUAAGUAAUGCAACCAAGGAAAUAAGUGUUGUUGAAGGUAGUCUCUUUGAACAUAAUGUGAUUGAUCAUGUUGAAACUGUGAUGAACAAUCAAGCAGUGGGUGCUGCAAUGUUUGAAGCAGAAAAAUUGGAUGAAUCAGUUGCUGCUGGUGCUGCAUUAAAUUAUGCAACAAUAACUUUUGGAAAAGAUGCAGUGAAUGAUGGUUUCACUGACAGUGAAGGAAAUGAAGCAAGUGACAAUGUGCCAGAUGAUGAAGUCAAACAUGAGGCUACUAGCAAUGAUGACAGUGAUCAUUUGGAACAAAAUCUUGAAGAUACUGACAAAGAUGCAGAAAAUCUAUUAACAGAUUCACAGACAACGCAGAAUAUAUAUUCUGAAAACAUGAAAGAUUCCUCAAUAAAAGCCUCAGAUAAUGAUGAAGUGACUGCAACACAUUCAUUGGAUGCUGCAGACAUCCCAGCUAGUGAUGCCAAAACUUCUCUUCCAGACAAAGGCGCUGAUGCCAAUGCUGAUCUUGAAGUUAGUGCCACACAAUUGUUGGAUGCUGCAGUCAUUCAAGCUGCUGAUGAUGGUGUAACUUCUGUUCUAGAUGAAGGUGCUCUUGCCAAUGCUGAUGUUGAAGUGAAUUAUACACAUUUGUUGGGUGCUGCAGACAUCCCAGCUGGCAAUGAUUGCAUAACUUCUGUUUUAGACAAAGGUGCUGAUGCCUGUGCUGAGGUUGAAAUGAGUGAUACAUGUUUGUUCAAUGCUGCAGACAGCCCAGCUAGCAAUGAUGUCAUAACUUCUGUUCUAGACAAAGGCACUGAUGCCAAUGCUGAUGUUGAAGUGAGUGAAACAUGUUUGCUGGAUGCGGCAGGCGAUCCAACUGGCAAUGAUUGCGUAACUUCUGUUCUAGAUGAAGGUGCUGAUCCCAAUGCUGAGGUUGAAGUGAAUGAUACACGUUUGUUGGAUGCUGCAGACAUCCCAGCUGGCAAUGAUUGCAUAACUUUUGUUCUAGACAAAGGUGCGCUUGCCAAUGCUGAGGUUGAAGUGAGUGAUACAGAUUUGUUGGAUGCUGCAGUCGUUCCAGCUUGCGAUGAUGGUGUAACUUCUGUUAUAUAUGAAGGUGCUCUUGCCAAUGCUGAUGUUGAAGUGAAUGAUACAGAUUUGUUGGGUGCUGCAGACAUCCCAGCUGGCAAUGAUUGCAUAACUUCUGUUCUAGACGAAGGUGCGCUUGCCAAUGCUGAGGUUGAAGUGAGUGAUACAGAUUUGUUGGAUGCUGCAGUCGUUCCAGCUUGCGAUGAUAGUGUAACUUCUGUUCUAUAUGAAGGUGCUGAUGCUUAUUCUGAUGUUGAAGUUAGUGCCACACAUUUGUUGGAUGCUGCAGACAUUCCAGCUGGCGAUGAUAUCGUGACUUCUCCGGACAAAGAUGCUGAUGACAUGACUGUAUCCACAGAUGUUGUUGUAUCUGAAACUAACAAGCUGACUCCUGUAAAUAGCUUUGAAUCUGAAGUAUCUAUUAUGGAGAUAAAUGUUCCUGCUGCAAAGAAAGUAUACCAGGAAAGUGAUAUUUUAACAGACCCAGAAGAAAUGCCAGAAACUGAUGCUUUUGCAAAUGAAGGUGGAGUAGGUGCAGAAACUGAUGCAUUUAGUGGCAGUGUAAAAAUGGGUGUAAAUGCUGACACAACCAAGAAUCUUACAGCAGCAGAGGUUGCACAUGUUUUUGUCAAUAACAAUAAUGAAAAUAAACUUUUAGAUGCUGUAAAAGAAACUUACAAGAGUGAAAAACUAUUGCCUGAGAUAUGCAUAGCUGUAAGUGGUGAAAAUGCAGAAGACCAAAAUGAUGAAAAAUGUGUAGAUGCUUAUAAUUUCAUUGCUUUGAAUUAUGAAUCAGAUGGAGAUAAGGAUUAUCUAGUUUCUAAUACUUCAGCUGGAAAACUUUCUGGUAACUUUGAGGGACGAGAUGAAGAAGCUCCUUUUGAGACUAAAGACUUGCCAAACCAAGAACCUGCAUUUUCAAGUGUGGAAGUAGUAAGUGUUGGUGUUGAUGCUGAAAAUAUUGUCCAUGCUUGUAAAGAGACUGAAAAGGACCCUUUAACUUGUGAAUUUGAUGCAACAAAUGAAAGUAAUGAUGCUGUUAUUAUUGACGAGUCCAAAACGCUUAUUGAUGACCAAGAGGAUGCAGCUUUGCAUUCAACUGUUAUGACAGCUCAAAAUGAAAUUGUUGUGUUGCAUGCUGACACAAAUCUUGAGGCUUUUGAAGAAGGCAGAGCUCAUGAAAGUAAUCAUAACCUGGAGGAGGACAUGCAAGGAUUAUCUGAAAAUGAUUUUAAUAUCACAGACAGUGAGCCUGAAGAUGAACUGAAGAUGGAAGAGCCAAUAAUUGAUGCUGCUGUCAUAUCUUCCGAUAUGGAUGGUAAUAUAAUUAAUGUACAGCUUGAUGCCUCUGUGGGAUAUGGACGACAAAGAAAAUCUUCUGAACUGGGAACCAAGCCAUCAGGCCUUGUUGACUAUGAUGAUGCAGAAGAUGAGACCCCAGAAGAGACUGAAGCGGACUUGCAAGCAGAGUUGGAUGAAAUUCCAAUCUUGGAAGCAGAAGAAAAUGAACUGAAUCUAGUUAUUUCUGAUGUUAUGUCGCUUCAUGAUGAAAGUCAGCUAGAAUGCUCUGUAAACCAAAUGCAAACAACUGAAGAAAUCAAUUCUACACAGGUUUCAGAGACAAAAAAUGUCAAUGAGUUAUCUGCAUUACUUAAAGCUAAUGAAAUUGGCAAUUCAAGUGGAGUUGUUGAUCUGACUGAAAGUUCUCGAGAUAGCUCAUAUAAGGAUAAUAUUGAAGAAACCUCUGCAAUAUGGGAGAUUGGAGUUGAGCCAGAGGAGCUAAUCUAUGAAGAUGGUUUUGCUAGUGAUGAGGGUGAUGCAGACUUUUCUAAAGAAGCUGAUGAUCAGAAAAAUGAAUUGCCAAAAACCAGUUAUGAGGGUGAAAAUUCAGCUGAUUCUUCAUUUGAUGUGGUGUGCUUGUCCAGCAAAGAAUUUCCAUCUGCAAUCUCUCCAACAAAGAAGAAGGGACAUGAUGUGGCCAAAUAUUUUUCUGAACCAGCCCAAGCGCAGAAGAUAAUUGACAGUGAAUCUACCCAUCACUGUGGAUUGCAGUAUAUCAUGGAGGUGAUACGAGAACCUAAAGGCGCGGCCGCGACUGCAGACAAAUCAGAGAGCAAGACUGAGACUUCAUCAGCUGUAACAACUGAAGAUUGUUUCUAUAUCUGUACUCAGUGCUCUAAAAUUUUGGGCAAUACCACAUUACUAAUGCGUCAUAUCAAGAGUCUACCUCACAAAAUUAAGUUUGCUAAACUUCAUUUCCCGGACGCUGUUACGGAUUUUGCUGUCCCAAACCUCAAUUGGGAGCCUGCCUUGCUUGCUGCUUUCAAGAAGGUUUUCUCUGAGAAAUGUCAAGAACUGGACGUGUACUCCUCUCGGCUGGCUGUGUGCAAGGAAGAGGAGUACCAGCGAGCGGCCUAUUUUCUACAGCGCCACUUGGGAGACCUCAGUGCUUUCCCCGGCUGUGUACGAUAUGCUUCCACACCACCAAUUUCAGAGUGUGUGGCCUCACCUCCUCCUUACUAUCCGACGAGUGAGCCGCUAAUUCAAGACCAGAAUCCUGAAGUGGAAAAGGUUAGUACAUCCAUAGAAGUGUUGGUUGUUGGUGGCUCUCUGGUUGCUUCAUGGGCUUCAAUGGACUCCAUCAAGAUGACCCAACAUAAAAACGAGGAAUCGGCAGCCAGAGACGACUAUGCUGCUGGUGAAGAUGAACUUCCUCAUGCUGAAUACAAGUUUGAAAGUGUUGACACUGAUGCAGAUGUCGCAGAGCUAAUAAACACAGCAAAGAAACACAUAAAAAACGAAACGAAACUUUUGGUGAUCUCCUUGUCUGAAUGCUCUCUGUCAUUCCAAAAAGGCCCGAGGUCAUUUACGUUCGUCAAGCCUCAAGCAACGGUAAACACAUUAGCGGAUGAGAUGCACAGCGCCAUGUUGAGCCUGAUAGAUUUACACCCACAGCUGCGUGUUCUCUGGAUACCACCGUGUGUUAUGAAUUUUCAGGAUUUAAAUAAAUCUAAGUUAGAACAUGACCAUCAAACUCAUUUAAAAGGAACCCCAGAAGAAAAGUUUAUUCUGAAAAAGUGUCUAAAUUUCUCGACGCGUUACGAGGAAAUGAUUAGGUGCUUGGUGGCUGAGAUGGAAAGACUUAGCAUUCCGCUUGUCUACUACAAAAAUGGGUCCCAGAUCAACUGUCUUGUCCUACAGAAUGAUGGUUUCACGCUCGCACCUGACUCUCAGAAAUUACUUUGGAAAUGUGUGUCUGAUUAUGUUGAUGGCAUGAUUGCCAGUAAAGUAUUGACGUCAACUAUGGGAGAGCUUUCUCCUCCAGAAACUCAAACCCCUACUGACGGUAUAGCCGGAUUAUUUGGCGUGCAGGAUGCUGCGAACGCCAUUCUCGCAAUGACACCAAAGGUUGAUGCUGCUGUGGCGUCAAAGAGUGAUGCUGCGACGACAUCUGCGGUGGAUUCUGGGGUCAGCGUUUUGAAAGAUCCUCGUCAGAAGGCCUCGGUCCAUUUGUCUGGAGAAGAGGAAACCCAUAAACGGGGCAGGGAUGAAGAGGACAAUGACACUUCCAAUAACACGAAACGUUCACGGAACUGGCUACCAAGUGUUACGCGCUCUCCUCGUAUCUAUCCGCCCUUGGCAAUGGACAAGCACUUCUCUCCUACCAACUCUUUGCCUGUAAAAUCUCGUAUUGGGCUGCCUAGAAGGUCAACUAAUGACGAUCUUCGCUAUAAGCUUGAAAAAGAUCAUCUUAACGUUCACCUGCCAAACAGAACAAGCCCAACCCGCCAAACUCGUGGCAUUAGGAGCAAGACCAGAAGCCGUAGCAGAUCAAAAAGUAGUGAUCGAUAUAAGCGACUAAAUUCUUCAUAUCGUUCAUACCGCAAUACAUUUAUGUGGAACAAGUCAAGAUCGAGAUCCGCCAGUCCUCGUUUGAGGCGAAAGAUUUACAACAGAAGUCGAUCCAGAAGUCCACGAAGAGAUCGAUCCAGAAGUCCACGAAGAGAUCGAUCCAGAAGUCCACGAAGAGAUCGAUCCAGAAGUCCACGAAGAGAUCGAUCCAGAAGUUUACGAAGAGAUCGAUCCAGAAGUCCACACAGAGGCCGUCCCAGAAGUCCACACAGAGGCCGAUCCAGAAGUCCCCAAAGAGGUAGAUCCAGAAGUCCCCAAAGAGGUAGAUCCAGAAGUUCAAACAGAGGUCGUUCUAAAAGUCCACGUAGGCGCUCGAGAACUCUGAGUAGGAGUAGGUCCGGAAGUCCGCGGGGUCACUCCUUGAGUUCUCACAAGAGCUCAAAGGGAUCAAGAAAGCACCUGAGCAACACCCAACCUAUUGGCGUACAAAGCAAGGAAUGUGGAGCGAGAAGAAAUCCGCGAAAUGUCUCUGCAGUACCGGAAGAGGAGAACACUGCAUUUGAUUACGCUGGCAGCAGAGCUCGAAUGCUUUUAGGCAGGACUCUAGCUAAAACGCCCGUCAUGGGGAAUGAAACGCAACCACAAGGAGCUGCCACAUCUGCAACUCCCCACCUGCCCGGACAUCGGCUGGUUGCUUCAUCAGGGGGCACGACUACUACAAAGAAGCAGAGCUUCAUGCCCUCGACCAGCCAGAGGCUCCCCGUUGCCCACGGACCUCCUCCAAUGGUUCCGUUAUCUGACGCGCAUAAAAGGUCGAGGAGUAAUAUCCCUGAUUCUAGUCAAGUAGAUAUGAUCUCGACACUUAAAAACCUUGGCGAAAUGAGGGAGUUGUCUGAAGUGAAAUCGUGCAUCACCACUCUCCUCGUGGCUGCUGUCAAUUGUAAAAUGAUUAAAAAAGACGUAAUGAGUACAUUCCGAACACCAAAAAAUAUUGUUGCUGCAAAACGCAUCUAUGACAAACUUUUCUCAUGCAUCCCGCGGAGCAAAUUUGUUCCGGAAUCGAAACUUGUAGAAUCAUUCCGCUCUAUCUCGCGACUCAUUACUGAGAUCAAGACGGACAUUUUUUGUGGAGUAGAUGCUUUUGAAAUUGCUUCAGAUUCUAUUGAACUUUCUGAGUCCAGCAUCGAGCGUGUAGUGAAUGCUUGCCUAGAGGGCGCUGAGUGUCCUGAGAAGAUGAUCCCUAACGUACGAAAGCUUAUUAUGGACGUCAUCAAGCUGCUCCACGCACAAGAAGCAGCAAGGUUGGACUCACUGUCGCCACAAUCCACAUCGAAAAGCAAGAACGCGAAUCCAGAAGAAAUACAACAGUCGGGUUACAACCAUAUCGUUUCACAAAAGGCCCGGGAGAUUGAUCGAGCCAUGAAGAUAAAGCGAGAAUUGAUGCCUGAAAAUGUGCGUAUAUUCCGUGAUGAUUUCGCCCGCUCUACCUCGCUCGUACGAGGCCCACAACAGCAGCCUCUGGACUCGAGCAGCGACACGGCUAGCAGCAGCAGCGCACCGUCUGUUCGUCCCAUGCAGACGGCGCGCACCGAAACCUUGGAGUACGCGAGCAGUGAGCUUCUAAGGAAAAUGGAAGAUGAAAAGCUUCGCCGUGAAUUGCAAAUGCAUCACGAUCGUGCGCUUCAAGAGCGACUCCGUGUAAUGCAACAGAAUAUGAAAGAUGGAGGCGAUUGGAUAGUCUCAUCUCAACGGCACGAUGUUAGCAAACACGCACCUGGGGCUCUGAAGGCUACAAAUAAAACGGCAGAGCGAGAACGCACGAAAGAUUUAAUGGACGAGUCGUUGCUUCUUCCUCUUCGAUUCGCCGGAUCAAAGCAGAGCACAUCAACUAAAAGUAGUCUUUCUGAAAUGCUCGAGCAUGAAAUGAGGAAAUACAAGUAGAAUAUCUUGUAGGUAAAUGAGGGUGGGAGUCAGUGAAGACUGCGUUUAUUUAUCGAUUGUUCAUUUAACACACUGAAAUUUUUGUGUUUCGGUAGCAAGCCCGCAACGAAACAUUGACAACAGGACUUGAUUAAUUCAGUUAUUUAUGUUAGUUAUAUGAUAUGGAUGAAAUUUACAAAUGUGUAAACGCUGAAAUUCAGACUUUAUUUUCUCUUUAUUAACUUUCUCUCGCAUGUUACCGUUAUACAAAUAAAACUGCACUUAAGUUUGAA